UUUAAGCCAGUCGCGAAGGCGGAGCUGUUUGUAAACUCACGUUGCUCUCCGGUCAAUCCAGUUUCCACAACAACAGAAAUAUAAGCUUAGUUUUCACUCGUUUAGCGUCGUUUUACACACAAGCCUUAACAAGACAGAGAGCUUCAGGAAAACUGUUCUCGUCAUUGCCUGGAUCAGGGCUGUACAGAUGGACUGAAAUCAAACAAAUCGGACCACCCAGAGAAGAUCCAACAUGGGCAACAAACGCAAAGCCUCAAGUGAGCUCGACAGAGACUCAGAUGCCAGUUCAGGAUAUAUUAGUGCUUUGGACCAGACUGACUUUGAAGACAUGGGUCCAAACAGUACUGCAGCACAAAGCAUGCCAACAGCUCCUCGGGUUCCUUUCAUUCCUGGCUCACAUCCAGGUGUCUCUCCCAUGAUCGUAAUGAACAACCUUGUCCUCAAGCAGCCAGUCAUGUCUGCUGGUGACCGUACCAGCCGAAGUUCUGAGAAGCAGAAACAUUCCAGAAAGCAUGUUCCCAUGCAAAACGUCUUUCAGAAAACUGCCCCACAUCUUGCACAAGGGUCUACAGUUGACGAGGGUCCCAGUGCUAUCAAUAAGAGGUCAAACCACAGUCAUGGUGGAAGACAUCAACAACGCCGUUACGAUGAUAAACUUUUCCACGGUUCCUCUUUGAAGCAGGAUGUGUCUGAGACAUUUAAAGGUUAUGGUGUAGACCCCAACAUUGCUGCACUGGGAGAAACUGGCCACUCUGUUGAAGACAUGGGUGUGGAAAACACAAGCCCAUCCAGGCUUUCUGACCUUCAGGAGCCCCACACCACCACUUCACCCAUCUCACUUUGCACUGACUCCUUCCUUGCUUCCUUCCCUCAGAAGAGUCCCAAAGCUUCAGUCACCCAGAGCAGUGAUAUGGAGAAUAUCCCAGAGGCCCUUUCUCCAAGCUCUAGCAAACGGGAACGCUUCUGCAACACGUAUAACAUUUUGAAUCGUUCAGGCCUGCUGGGCAUCACACUGCGCACAAAGGAACUUAUUCGAAAAAAUAAGCGAUCCCAGGCUCAACUUCAGAGUCUGCAGGCUCAGACUGACCUCUUCUUGGAGGCCAUAUGUAGUGGAGAUCCCAAAGUCUGGACGAGAUUGCAGCUUAUCCUCCAGAAAUCCAGAAACGGUGAAGAGACGGCAACAGACACACUGGUGGAUUCUUUAAAGAGUAACUAA